GUUAUGAAUUUCACGACCGAAGCUUGGGAUCAUUUUGAAUGAUCGAUAUUGAUGUUAUCCAAUACUUCUAGAGAGAUCUCUAGCUUCAAGUCAGUUGUAUGAGGUGUAAUGACAACCACAGUUCUGAACAGAUGUCCAUUCACCCUGUCCAUGGUAGCUGGGAUUGGACUAGGAGCCGUUGGAAUCUCAAUCUACUUGUUGGGUAGAAGCAAAUCAUCAACUUGGCACCAGGUUGGAACAGUGUACACUAUCAAAUUGUACCCCAUCAAGGGUCUUCCUGGAUUCCCAGUUGGUGGUCAGGAUGACUCAUCCUCGUCACCCCCAGUAGAAGUGACCCCCCUGGGACUCAAGUGUGGAAAACUGAGAGACAGGUGUUUCGUACUGGGUCGUUUCACCUCCUCUGGCUCGUUUGAGUUCGUUAGUCCUAGAAGUCUUCCCAAGAUGUGGCUGGUGAAAGUGAGACCGACUGAAGACUAUUCAGCUGUGCUUGUGGAUGCCCCUGGAAGGGAUCAGAUAAAGAUUGAUUUUCCACAACCUGAUCAGAGCUCUCAUGUCAAGGUCGAAAUCUGGAGAUCGACAGCCGCAGCACUCCUUUGCUGUGACAAUAGUGUGAACAAGUGGUUUUCCACCUUUCUAGAAAAGGACAAUCUUCUGUUGGCAUGCGGUUUGGACUCAACUGGCAAUUUAAUCUCUCCGAGAAACCCCCAUAGUAAAAAAUCGAUGAGCUGCGGUUGCUUGAUAAUAUUGAAGCUCGCGGUUGCUUGAUAAUCGGCAAAUUCUCUGAAGGUCUAUGAAACAAG